AUGCCGCCAAAGGCCAGUGGAAAAGCCGUGAAAAAAUCCGGCAAAGCCCAGAAGAACAUCACCAAGUCUGACAAGAAGGGCCGCAAGAAGAAGAGGAAGGAAAGUUACGCUAUUUACAUCUACAAGGUUCUGAAGCAAGUUCACCCCGACACCGGUGUUUCCUCCAAGGCUAUGAGCAUCAUGAACAGUUUCGUCAAUGAUAUCUUCGAACGUAUUGCUGCUGAAGCUUCAAGACUCGCUCACUACAACAAGCGUUCUACAAUUACCUCUCGGGAAAUCCAAACAGCUGUCCGUCUUCUGUUGCCAGGAGAAUUGGCUAAGCACGCCGUCAGUGAAGGAACCAAAGCCGUCACUAAAUACACCAGCUCCAAGUAAACUUCCUAUCUUUGACCACGAUUAAACCAAACGGCCCUUUUCAGGGCCACCAAAUAUUUCAACACGUAAAAACAUUAAGUUUUCAAUAAUUCAAAAUUGGUAAUUGUUUCUUUCGAAUUAAAAUAAUUUUAUUGCUAUUUAUAUUAUCGAUCACUCGGAAGUGAUGAAGAAUAA